GUGUGGAAGAACGGCGCCUUCGAGCUGGAAGCAGGACACAGCUCGAUGCCGAGGAAUGGCGUACUGUGGCCCUACGAGAAAGUGCUCACAUGUCUUGCAGUGAAUACGUUUCAGUUCGAUGCCAGCGUGACGAUGGACGACCGAAUCGUUAUCAUAUCAUGCGAAAUCCCUUAG